AAUAGUUCAGGCUGUUUUUGACAUAAAGGCAUAUCCCAACAAUCAAGAAAUUGAGUCCAUUGCAUCUGCACUGAUUUCCAAGUAUCCAUGCCUUAAGGAGCCUGGCAAAGGUAAGGGCUAUGAAGGAUGGUUGAUCAGCCUAAAGAACAAGCUAAACAAUUACCGUUCAAAAUUGAGAGCAGCAGGCUGCAAUGAAGUUACUGUGAACAAGAAGCGUAAGGAUGUUGAACAUGGACAUGGUUUCACCAUGAAAAAAGCAAAGCGUGGAGAAGUGAAUUUUGUCCCGGAACAUCCAUGCAACCACACUGAUGCUUCACUUGAAGAACAAAGACUUUUAUUGAUCGAUGAAACCAAAAAGGCAAGAAGCAACAUGGUGGUCAUAAGUGAAAAAAUGGAAAUUACUUUUUCCCUGAGGAGAAGAGAAGUGGUAGAAGAUCAACCAAUGGUUGUAGACUUGCAGCAGAGGUGGCCUGCACUUUUUCUCCAGGAACAGAUUGCUGAGGAAUUCUUCAGAAUCACGAAUAAAGACCUUCUUGAUGUCUUCAGGGCAGCUAUGGACAGAUUUACACCUAAGCUCUUGAAAUUAUACAGAGCUAGGAAAGCUGCAUUUGGAGAGGACAUGGAACAGCUCCUAGAAAGACUUGAUGAAAGGGUGACCGAUGUUGUUAAUCACAGAAGGACUACUGCUUUGAAAGACCUGCCUUUGUUUUUUCGAGAGGACCCAAACAAGCUGUUCAAGACAUGCAAAGACACUGAAGAUGGGGCAAAAGGAGUGUCUAUUACCAUUCUGUGUGUUUUGGAAGAUGACACCCAGGUCGACAUCACCCGAGGUUGUAAACAUUGCUGUUAUGUUGGAGCAGGUCGUCGUUUUGAAAGAUCUCCCAGAUAUUUCUACUGCUCUUGCAUACGUUUUUGGCCUUCUGUAUGCAUUAAACAUGUCCUAUCCUCAAGCUCUUAAGUACACUUUUGACACCAUUCAGAAUGUUUUCAUGGAGCUGGGAUCUGGAUGCACCAAACGUGUACUUUCUCUGAAGAACAAACUGUUGUAAAGAAAAUCAGAACAGUGUUUUUGGGAUCCUUUUUGGCGUUCAUUUUUUACAAGACCUAAAGUGCAGCUUGGAUACAAGGUGAUUCUUUUAGUUGGCAUCUCUUUUUCUUGUCAUCAGAUGUCAGACUGUUCUUAAAGUGUUUUAUAAUUGUAAUUUUGUAUUACAGCAUACCAUACCAGGUUAGUGGUUGCAGUAAGCAUGUCUGUUCUUAUAAAUGGUUGUUUAAAAUUGAGGGAUAGUUCAUCCAAAAAUUAAAAUUGUCACAUAUUGUCACUCUUAUUUUGUUACAAACCUGUAUAAAUGUCUUGGUUCCAAGGAAAAUGAAGAAAGAUGCUUUGAGGAAUGUUUGUAACCAAACCGUUCAUGAGCCCC